UAUACGUAUAGUGAUGAUGUUAGUGUUGUACUAUGUAUGUAUUUCGAAGCUCCCUUUGUUGUUGAGCGGGAGGCGCUUCACGUUGAAACGGAGGCUACGACGCAAUAGUUCGUUUUCGGCUCCUCGAUCAUCAACCUAAGGGAUUCCGUAUAACACCAACCGGGUUGCUGGAUGGCUUCUGCUGCUGACACAUGAACAUGUGCACUCCACCGAAUUUGAACUGUAUGAACCCCUACUAAACCUGAUCUCAUGUGGGCUCGGUUGAAGUCCCCUACGAGUAGGAAUUAAUGGCAGCAAGUUCCUCCGUUGCCUUCAUUUGGCAGCAGGGUUAAGCCGAUGGGUCUCAAAAAAUCGCAUCAUCCAAUCACUGACGGAUACUUGAAAGGUCUUUGCGCGUACGCAGAUUCGUAGAGUAUGUUUGUUGGAAGAGAUCUUGUUUUGUACAGUUUCUGAAUGCUGCGAUAAAUGAUAAACCCAUUUCUUUAUUGCUCUCACCCAAUGUGGGUUUGUCUUGAUAUGCAUGUACUACUCCCCCAGUAACAAUGAAAACGCAGUUUGGCUCAAGGACCGAGGAGAGAUAAGUUUUUGCCGCUGGACACUUGUGGAAGAAACCAAAUAUACACAGACAAUUUUUCACAUGUGCCGAGAUGUCGGCUGUCAACGUGUCAAUGAAAGCGAAAAAUAAAUUCCCAAAUAGAUCGAGCAAAUUGACUCUAAUUCAAUUCAAGCAAGUUGAGGAACUAUUUCUCAAGUUAAAGGGUUCAGCUCGCUUCGCCCGGGCACGAAAUUGAUAAGGAUCCGGCAAUUUCCGGCGGUCUGAAACCAAUGCCGAAGUUGGGCCGGGCUUUCUCUUGGCUGAUCACCGAUAAGAUCUGCAUUCUACAGGUCUAUCUAAUGAAAGGUUGCAGGUAUGAGAUUCAGGUUCAAAAUGUGCCGCACUGCCCUUCCUCUAGGAGAAAGGGAAAGGAAAGGUAAAUACAAACUUUGGAAUGUCAAGUUGGAUCAAUGUGGAACUCGUCACCAAAAGGAACAAUUCAAAAUGGGACCCAAGAAAAAGACCGUGAAGAAGAAAACGGGCAAGAAGGCCGGAGGGGCCCGUGGACCGACCAUCAUUGAUGGCGUCCCCGUGAGUGACAUGACUAAAGACCAUUUGGAAGGUCAUGUCAAACGGCUACAGGAAGAGCUCCAAAGGGAACGUGACGAACGUAACUUCUUCCAAUUGGAACGAGACCGAUUGACCACGUUCUGGGAUGUCUCCAAGAAGCAAUUAGAGGAAUGUCGGGCCGAGGCUCGUGUUAAGGACCGCGAACUCGAGGAAUCUGAAGAGCGCCACCAAACCGAAGUCAAAGUCUACAAGCAGAAAGUCAAAUAUCUGCUGUUUGAGCAAGAACACAAUCUGGCAGACUUGAAAGCAGAAAACAUGGUGUGCUUGAAAGUGGCCAAAGAAGAAAAUCAAAAGAUUGAGCAAUUGCACUUAAAUGAUAAGCGCCAACUUCAAGAGCAAUUGCACACCAAGGAUAAACAAUAUCAAGAGGUACUGAGAAACCUUAAACUUUCGCAAGCCGAGGAACUAGAGAGGCAAAUCCAAGCAUUCGAGGACAGGGUCAAUGGUAUCGAAAAGAGGUACAGCGAGCGAUUCGUUCUCAUGCGGCAAGAACUUCACCUCCGGCUAAAAUCCGAGGUCAGUGAAACCGAGGAGCGAAAAAAUGCUCAGAUUGACAACAUCAAGAAACGCAAUGAAAAAGCCCUGACCGAGAUGAGGAACUACUACAACGACAUUACUUUGAACAACCUGGCUAUGAUUAGCACCUUGAAAGAAGAGACCAAGCAGAAAGACGAGAUCUUGGAGCGGAAUGAGCAGCUUCUGGGAACGGUGCAGCAAGAAAAUAAGAAGCUGGUGGAGCCCUUGAAAAAGGCCAAGGAAGAACUUUCCGACUUGCAACGCCAAUUGGUCCUCUAUGAAAAGGAGAAAAGUGCCUUAAAUAAUGCCAGAGCCAAACUCCGGUCGUCGUUGAAGAAAGUGGAGGAACUGGAUUGGGAGCUCGAAGUCCUUCAACAAAAAUAUGACAGAGCUAUCGGAGAGAGAGAUGACAUUCAGGAAAAGUUCAGCAAUGCCAUCUUGGAACUCCAACAAAAAUCAAGUCUAAAGUAUUUGGUCCUAGAACGAAAGAUUGACGCCAUGAAAAAUGAGUUAGACGUGAAGGAAGCUCAACUACACUCAGUUCUCUCCGAUGUGUCCAACUCCAAUACCAUUUUGAACCCUCGAACGCAAGUAGCCGCCAAUGUGUCCCGCCAAAGAAAUCUGCUAGAAGAUACUCGCAAUGUGGUGAAGGACCAAAAUCAAAGGAUCAUUCAGUUGGAACGAGAAAUCCUGCUUAUGAGACAAAAGAAAUUGUGGGGCGACAACUCUCCCAGUGAAUCCUCCAUGAGCUCUGCAGCGACUCUACGGAAUCCUUCCAGUUCUUCGGCUUCUCGAGGAAGCCAAGAGAGCACUUUCAGCUCAUCGCAAUCACUUUCAGGAUCCCUGUCUGAAGACGCCUCUUCAGGGAACCUAUCUUAAUGAUUGACGUUUUCUUUGUGAAUUACUACUGUUUAUUGCUGAAAUUACGACACAGGGACAAAAAACAACAACGGGCAAUCGACAGAUUUUAGUUUUUUAGUGGAUUUACACCUGGAAACAGCUUUGAAUUUAAUGAGAAGGCCAUGGAUGGACCUUGAAGAAAUGAGAAAGCUUAAGAACAGUUCUAGCUUUUAUCUGAUUUUCGUGAUGUCUUUUGGCUAGUAGUAGUUCAGCUUUGAGGUUCGACUCCUUUCCAGAACUUGAAUUUUGGCUUGAUAUUAGCUGUUUUAAAAUCCCAAUAUUAAAAAUAUCACAAGUAACCCUGCCAAAAUCGUCUCCCUAAUAUCUAAUUUUCGGUUAACUCGGUGUAUGUUAAAGGCAUUCUUUGAGUAUUUUUGUAUGCAUAUUUUUCGAGCAUUUUCUUGCAUUUAUCUCUUAUCUCUAGUAAAAGCACAUCAUUCUCCACCACACCUUAAUUAGAGUUUCGAUCGAGGCAAUUCAUACAAUAAACGACAUACAUAAAAGGGUUUCUUGAGGCGUUGUUUGGCACCUUCAUG